AUAAAAACCGGCUAACCUUAAUAAACUAUAAAUAUGUGUCAUUCCUUAAUAUAUCAUUUUAGAAUAUUUCUCAUCUGUAUUUCAGCUUAUAAUAAUGAAUGAAACAAUAUUACCACCUUCGCCAAACUGGUAUUUAAGUAAUAUUUUUACUUGUUCUUUCAAUGGCACUGUAGCAUGGGGUGCUAGAAAUAUGAUUGUUAUUGCUAAAAUUAGUGAAAAUAAUAAAACAUUACAAUAUUCUAUUAUUAAGAAUGCUCAUAAAUCUAAAGUGACAUGUCUUGCAUUUACUCCUCAAUUUGAAGAAGUAAAUGCUAAUUUAAUAGCUUCUACUGGAGAUGAUAAUGCAAUUAAAAUAUGGAAUUUAGAAACAUUAUCUGUAGCUUAUCUUUUAGACAUUGAUAAACAAAGUGUACCAGUAGGUGUAGAUUGGUCUUAUAAAAAUCCUUAUAUUAUAUAUGCAGCAACUUCUGAUGGUCAUGUAUUAUCGUGGAAUAUUUAUUUUGAUAUUGUUUCUUCAAUUUCACUAGGAAAAAUGAUAUGUACUUGUAUUUCUUCUUGUCCUCAUGAUCCACAUCUUGUAGCUAUUGGCUCAAAAUGUGGUUUAGUUUAUAUCUUUAAUUUUCAAGGUAAAGGAAAAAUAGAUUACAAACUUAGAGGACAUGAUACUGAAAUAGUUAGUUUAUCAUGGUGUCCCAUAGAGACUAAUAUUUUAAGUGGAAAUCCAAACAAAGAUUUACUAUUAGCUUCAGGAGGAAAAGACAGAUCAAUUUUCAUUUGGAAAGCUGGUGGAGAUGGUCGUUAUGAAACAACAAUUUCAUUACCUACAGGUCCUCUUGAUUCUCAUCAGCAUAGAACCAAAUUAAAUGCUUCUAUAGGUAAUUGGGUUGUAGUUCGUUGGAUAGAACCUAAGCUAUUACUUACAAGUUCAUUAUGGGGUGAAUUAAUUUCUUGGGAUUUAUCAACAAUGAUAAAAGGCAAACCUAAUGUCAAAGUAAUACAUGCAUAUCAUGUUAGGGGCUUAUUUUGUAUUGCACAUAUACCAAAUAUCCAAAACAAUUCAAUAGAAAAUUGGAGAGUAAAACAGAGACAUACAAUUUGGACUUUAGCACAAGAUCGAAGAAUUAUUUGUUGUGGAAUAAAAGAUAAUAAUGUUGAAGUGGAUUAUGAUAUUUUUACACAAUCUGGAUAUGUUUAUUGCAUUGCUGCUUGUCCAUUAGAUACUUCACAUGUUGCAUUUGGAGUUGGAGAUGCAAUGUUACGAUUAUGGAAUUUAUCAGAAGCACAUGAUACUUCCUUUAAUAUAACUUUUUUAUGGCAAAAAAUUAAAGGAAAAAUUCGCGCAAUAUCAUGGCAUCCUGAAAAAGAAAAUUUAUUAGCAUAUGCAACUGAAGAAGGCCGAGUUGGUGUAUUUAAUAUAAAUAAUAAUAAAUUACCCACAUUGUACAGACAGUACCAUAGAAAUACUAUAUAUACUCUUAGUUGGGGGCCAAAUCCAGAAAAUAAACAAUAUGUUUUAUAUUCUUGUGGAGAAGGAGAACUUGUGUAUUAUGAUCCAGAAAAACCAAAUCAAGAACCUAAAUCUGUACUGAAAAAAGAGUGUACAGAAUUUUCUUGGAAGCCAGAUUUUUCUUGUUUAGCAGUAGGAUUUGAAAAUGGAACAAUUUCAUUUUUUAAUAAAGAAUUUGAAAUAUGUGGAUGUGCUAAAUUUGCUUCAAAAAUGGUACAUUGUUUAGUUUGGCAUCCCGAAAGUACAGCAACAGAUUCAACAUUUUCUCCAUUAAAAAAUUAUUUGGCUGUUGCUUUUGAAUCAUGUACUAUACUUAUUUUCGAUUUAUCUAAUUUUAUAGAUCAUUUUACAAAAUUGAAAAAUUCUAUUAAUAAUGAUAAUUUAGAAAAAGAAAAGUGCGAUAUUUACAAAGUGAAUGAAAUUGUAGCUACUUUAAAUGGACAUAGUAAAAAUGUUGUUUGUUUAGCAUGGAGUCCAUACAUAAGUGGACAUUUAAUAUCUGGUAGUUAUGAUGGAACUGCACAGGUAUGGAAUAUUGAAACACAAGAAUUAAUAGCUACUUAUAUGGAACAUUGUGGUCCUGUAUUGUGUUGUAUGUGGAGUCCAUUAGAUCCUGAUUUUAUUAUAACUGGCUCUGCAGAUUUCACAGUACGGAUAUGGAAAGUUGCUUAUAAUUUACCACAAAAAAAAUUAUCUAAAAAAAUAUUAAAUAAAACUAAAGAAAAAGAAAAUAAAACAAAUAAAAAUAUUUCCAUUGAAAAUAAUUUAUUAGAAGUAACUAAGGCUACAUCAGAAUGUUCUAUUUCAGAUGUUUCCCAAACUGUUCAAAAGUCAGAAAUAAAAAUAAAAACAGAGACAAAAAAUAAAAAAUUUGAGCGAUCAUAUUUUUCAAAGUGCACUAAUACAACAAAUGAAAAAACAUUUUUACUUAACUCUCUUUUAAAUAUUGUAAGAAAAAUAAAAAAUAACAGUUUGGAUAUCGAAGAAAUUCAAAAAGAUACUUCAUAUAAUAUGAUACCAGUAUUAUUUUCUACACAAAAAAAUUUUAUGUCGCAUAUAAAUAAUGAAAGAUUUGUUCAUAUUGAAAAAAAUAAACACAAUUUAGUCACAGAAAUGGAUGUUUGGUGUAAUAAUCUUAAACAAAAUUUAGAUGAAGCUGCUAAAGAAAAACGUCUUAAUGAUUUUCUCGUUUCACUUUCAGCUAGUUUAUCUAUGAAAACAUGGAAAGAUAUGUGUGAAUUAUAUGCUUAUCAAUUAAUAACUGAAGGCAAUCCUUGUAAAGCAGUAUCUUAUUUACUUUGUAUACAUAAAACUUAUAAAGCCAUAGAAGUGUUUCAAGAUGCAAAUUUAUAUAAAGAAGCAUAUAUUCUUGCAAGAUGUAAACUUGAAUGUGAUGAUCCAGUACUGACAGAAAUUUUAAAAAAUUGGGCAAAAUAUAGUGUACAUACAGGAAAUUUUGAACAAGCAGCAUACAUUUAUGCUAAAUUAGGAGAAUUUUCUGAUAUAAUAAAAUAUCUUGGACGCCGUAAAGAUGCAAGUACUUUAAUAACAGCAGCUGAAAUUGCUCUCUUAUGCAAUGAUGAUGCCUUAAGUAAAUCUUUAAUUGACCAAGCAAUAAUUGCAACUUUCACAAAUUCAGAAUAUGACUUAACACGAAAUAUAAUAACAAAAUUUCCAUAUCUUAAGUACCAAGAAAUACAUUUGUUGAUUUUGGAAGAACUUGACAAAAUAAUUAAAAAAAAUGUAAGCUUUAAUAUGAUUCAAACGUGGAUAGACGGAAAAUCAGAUUAUGGUUUAUUGCAAGCUUUAAAAACAGUUUGUGGAGAUUGUAAUUCUUAUUAUACUGAUUUAUUUAAAAAUAGCUUUUGUACUACUUUAGAUAAUGAGAGAAUGUUAUGGUUAGUAGUUGGUCAUAACAUUGCAUUAGCAAUAGCCUCAGUUGAAAAAGAACAAAAAUUGAAACAUAUUGUUACUACAUUACAUACCAUUACUCAAUUUGAAAUAUUACAUAGAAAAAAUUUUGAAAAUCAACAUAAUUUACUAAUUGAAAUUAUAAUAAAAUUAGAUAUUAAAGGAUUAAUGGAUAAAACAAGUAUUUAUACAAAAACUGAUUAUUCCGUAUCAAUAAGUUUACGAGCUUAUUUAUGCUAUGCCCUUUUAAAUUGGUUUACAUGCAAUAUAGAUAAAGAAUCUAUUAGUAAUAAUAUAAAAUUCUAUAUCAAUUUGAUUGAAAACUUGUUAGAGGAUGCAAUAAAUAAACAAGCAGUAAAACAUUGGUCAGUAACAAAUGAAAUUAAUAAAUUGGAAACUCAAAUAGUUUCUGUAAAAUGUAAAACGCAAGAAGAAAGUAAAACUGAUCAAGAUAUAGAAUCUCUCAUGAUUGAAUUAAAUGAAUUAAAAAUACAAAAAAAACAAAUACUCAAUGAUUUGGUUCAUGUUCCAAAUCCUGUUAUGGUAUAUAGCAUAGCAAAUAACUUAUGCAGCAAGUUGCUGGAUGAAGAUAUCAAAAAUAAAUUUUCAGAAAAUAUCUCCAAAAUGUGGUUAAAUGCUAUUACAUAAAUAAAUAAAUAAUGUAUUUUUUUUUA